GCGUGGCAAGAUAACUUAACAUUUUGCGAUUCUGGCUACUAUGCAAUGUGCGGUCGUCUGUUCUGAACUGUAGGCGGCGGCGACUAAAUCGCGCAGUUGAAAAAACCGCAAACGUUGUUCAAGUGUCAAACACUUCGGAAAAAUGGUAUCAACUCCAAAACGGAAGGCAUCCGUAACAUCAGAUUCUUGCGAUUCAGGAGACGAAGAAUCCCGGAAGCGCACUAAAAGGUCUACGCCAGAGGAGGAUGAAGCCUUGUUUAGACUUGAAGCGGAGAAAAACUUCAAGGGCCAGAAGUCCAGUGAAAAACGUGGAUUCUUGAAAAUUGUUGGAAUCUGUGUCGAGGACAUUUUGCGUUAUGUUUGGGAUCACUGCGUCGAAUUUGUAUACAAGGGUGCCAUUUUCGAAGAAAAUCGUGUCGAUGGGAACGUUGUAACUCAACUGAAGCAGGAUAACGCUAAUCUCCUAAUGCUGGUAAAGGCUAUGGGAGACAGGAUCGAGUCAUUGGAGAGCCAGUUAACGUCACAUGAAGAAAUGAUAACUGCCAUGAAUGGAACCGAAUACCCCGCUGCAUUAGCCGAACAGGUGAUCGAUUGCAUUGACAUCGAUCAUCUUUGAUUGUUUACAUUUCAUUUGUUCCAGAUAGCAAAUAAAAAAAGUUUAAUUAACAAGUUCCGAGUGAAUUCUUUAUUUCAAUCAUCACACGGAGAAAAGAGAGUUCCCAAAAUCGUGAACACCCGUUCAUGAAAUUGGGAACCACGAACAAAGUGUUCAAAUUCCAUGGUA